AUGGAAGAUUCUCAUCAUUAUCCACUGCAACAAAAUUUAAAUAUUUCCGAUGACUACGAUUGUCAUAGUUCAGUUGAAACGUCGUAUCAAGACGCAUUAGCUCAAUGUUCGUUAUCAAAAAAUGGAACAACUUAUAAAAAACGACAAAAAUUAAAUAAUGAAGGUUUUACUCCUAAGAUAAAACGUCGUCGUCCAUUAUUAGCAAAUCGAAAGAAAUUCUCUCCAGUCGUACAAAUUGAACGUAAACGUCGUGUAGCAGCAAAUGCUCGAGAACGUCGACGUAUGAGUGGAUUGAAUUUAGCAUUCGAUGAACUUCGUACUGUGUUACCAUCAUCCGUAUGUAAAGGUAAAAGAUUUUCAAAAUAUGAAACAUUACAAAUGGCACUAUCGUACAUAAUAGCAUUACAAGAUAUUUUAGAUAAAAGUAACGACAAUAAAGAUAUAAUACUAUAUAAUGAUACAAAUAAUGACUCGAAUGAAGUUUAA